UAGAUUGCGCGAGCAGCGGCUGGUGCCGUGGCCGCCGGUUCCAGAGCAGCGUCCGCCGGAUCCAUGUUGGUUCAUCUUCCCCACCCCCACUCCGUUUGUUUGUGCCCACCAUUGGGAGUAACCACACCCUUCAUUUCACACCGCAGAAGAGGAGGAGGUAACUCUUGCCGGCUUGAGGAUUAAAACGACUUCUUUUAUUGCUUCAACACCAUAUAUAAUCUCCGGUACACCUCCCACCUCCGCCGCCCUACCUACCUACCGGCUCUCAUCACGGCCGCGCCGCCGACGAGUCUCAGAACUUGUGGGGCGCCAGAGGAGGGAAGGCUUCAAAUUUGUUUUAUGGCCAAGGAUAUUUGAGGUUAUGCUUGUUAAGAACUAGGCUCUUGGAUACUCUCUAUAUCCAAUUCUAAUACUGAGUUUUCCUUGGCCCAAACAUUUUCGUGUCCAAGAUUGUGGUAGAGACGGUCUCAUAUUCUUUUUACGGGAGAAUAUAUGACUAUAAAAUCUAUGAAGAACACCUUUUUAUGUCAGACGGAGAAAUCAAAGUCAUCAGUAAAUUUUUUGGAUUUAUCCUCAAGCUCGAGUCCGCCUGUUGUCGAUGGUGUUUGUUUUGAUCCUACUUCAGAAGAUGAUCACCAUUUGUAUAAACGGAGGAGGACGGACAAGAAAUGUCAUUUUGUUCCGACAAAUGCAAAUGGAAACAAGAACAUGAGUACAAAUAGAAAUGUGAUCAAGAGUACAACAGAUGGAAAUGAGAGGAAAAGUACAACCAAAAGUUCCGCAACUUUUGGAGAUAUUUCGCCCCGGGUCCAAAAAUUUGGGGAAGCAAUUAUUGUUCCUUCAGAUGGAGAAGUUUCAAAAUCUGAAACAAACAUUGUUGAAUAUGCAACAAAAUAUAAAGAUCCCGCAGAAGCUUCUAAGAGAAGUUCUUGGAAAAACUCGCCGGUGUCACUUUCUACUGUGGUUGAUAGGAAGUCAAUUUCCAUAUCAAGCAGGCCAUCUUAUAUAAAUCACAAGGUAGAGGAUUCGAGGGAUUGUUCAUUGUCUGAUACAGAAUCAUUUAUGGAGUUGACAUCAAGGGAGGUUUGCAUAUCCUUGCUCGAAAGAGAUAUAGUCCUAAUAGAAAAAUCAGAGCUCAGCAGCACAUCAGCUACAUUAACCCAUGAUGAUAAUGAAAGCAAAACUUUAUUUGCAUGCAAGAGUUGUGGGUCUUUCGAAGAUCCAUGCCGCAUGUUAAUAUGUGAUUGUUGUGAAGAAGCAUUCCACUUGCUUUGCUGCCAUCGUCGCAUCAAGAAAAUACCAGAUAAUAAUUGGUAUUGCCUGGAUUGUUCAAGGAAGAAACCUAAGAAGCAGCGUGAGAUGUUGCCUAGUGCGGAAGGAUCAGCCAAGCAUAUUCAAAGACCACUUCGAGUUCUUCGCUCAAAAGGAGAUAUGUUGAUGAAUGGUGAACCAUAUGAUACUCAAGUAAGGAUUGGUAGAAACUUCCAAGCAGAAGUUCCAGAAUGGUCCGGUCCAAUUUCUGGCAGUGAUGAUUAUUUUGUUGAACCUGCUGAACUUGAUGCCACUGAAAUGACAAAUCUGAGUUUGUCACUAAGGCGUGAGGACAAGAAAAUCAGCAUUGGUAACUGGAUUCAAUGCCAAGAAGUCUUGGACUCGGGUGCUAUUUGCGGCAAGUGGCGGAGGGCACCACUUUUUCUUGUUCAGUCGAGCGAUUGGGAUUGUUCAUGUUCAGUUCUUUGGGAUCCAAUUCAUGCUGAUUGUGCUGUUCCGCAGGAAUUGGAUACUGCUGAAGUGCUUGAGCAACUGAACUACAUAAAUAAGCUGAAGUUACGUCUGGACAGUUAUAAGCAGAAGAAACCCUGAAAGCUGUACAACCGGUUUGUCGACAAAGAAACCUGCAGAGAGAGAAACCGCCGCACCAGUCCCUCCUUCACUGUACUGCUGAUGUGAUGGUUGAAUCUCUGGCUCAGUUAUCCCCAGUUGGCCUUGGAAUGAGAAGAAGAGAGGUUCCAUGGUGUCGCCUCCGAACUUCUAGUUCCUUCCUCCCAGCAAUGUGUUUCCUUGCUUUGAGGCAAAUGACCUUGCUGGUCGAGGAUUAGAAGCGAGAUUUUCUUUUUUCUUUUCUUUAUAGUGAGAUGUAGAACUGAAGGUUCUGUUACCAUCAGGCGAGUCUACAGCCUUGUUGCCGUGCGUGAAAUCGCAAUGGAAUUUGUGUUUGACCCUGAACAGUAGGGGAGCCCCCGUCGAGUGUAUUGAUGCAACUCUUUAAUGGAAGAGUCAUUAUGCAUCA